ACGCUGCAAAUAAUUGGGCUAAAAACAAGAAUUUUUCAAUAAACAACACCAACCAUAAUAGUAGCAGACAUGAGAGGACCUCACAGUUAAGACUGUUAAAUGAGAGAAGGGGAAGAGCAGGAGGCAGAGCUCUGCAAAAGUUCUGUGAGGGGGACUGAAUUUAUAUGUGAAGGUGGAUUCAUCUCAUCCCCUAAAUAGUGCGGGUUUUAGAGCGUUAAAGGAUAAAAGGGUAAAGACAUUUUCUUUUCGUUUUAUAUCUCUGUAAUUUUGUAUUGGUGGUCUUUUUGUGUGAAUGGAAUCCAAUGGUGAAAAUGGUGUAUUGGCUCUUAAAUUGGAAGUAUUAUUCAUGUGGGGAUUGGCUGCUUGGGGAUUGGUGGAAGCUGGUUUUUUCUCAUCAGAUUUCAGAAGCAAAUGUCAUAUGCAUCUUUAUCCACUCGCACACUAUAUGCAAAAGAGGCCUGUUUGCUCUUUUACUCUUUGAUAUAUAUCCAUUUAUUUUUAUUAUUAUUUUAUUCUACAGUUUUAUCCUAUUUCUGCCUGUUCAGAUGUAACUAAACUUGAAUGCUCUUUUCCGCCUUUGUGAUUUAUUUAUUUUUUAUUCAUGUUCCCACUUGUUUUCUUAAAAUUACUUCUUGUUGGGCAUUUGAUGAUAUGAUCAGUGACUUAAUGUUAAUUAACUUCUGCCUAAUGUUUUGCUGAGUUUCAUUCAUGAAGUUACUGUUAUUAAGUAAGUAGAGCAUGUGCCGGGCUUAUUAGAAGCUUCCAUUAUGGCAAGAAUUAGUCAUAAACUUGGGAAGAUCAAAGGAGUGAAUAGUGAGGCUGCUAAUUAAGGCCGUGAUCAUGAUUCAUGUUAGUGAAAGAUUAGGGAAUAAAGAUGGUUUGGUUUAUUAGACUCUAUAUACACUACAUACAUCCCGUAAUUAAUUAUCUUAAGAUUGGAAGAUGAAGUCAUACAUUGAAUUGUCCUUACUGUUCUUUAUGUGAACGAACAAAUAAAAAUAAAAAGUGCGAGAAGAAAGCAAAUGCACAGGAGAGAGGUGGAGAUUUGGAUUUUAAAUGUGGAGUGGGAGAGAUAGUAACCCAAUACAAAAAGGAGAAAGUUGAUUAGAGAAUUAGACUAGUGUCAUUAGGAAUAUGCUUAUUGUAUUUCCAUAUGAGCUUUUACCUUUAAAAGUAGAAGUAACAUGGAAAGAUAAAUUUUAGUUGAAGAGGUAUAGUGGAGUCAUCUACAUUGUCCUGGCAUAGUUAAUAGAAAAAACAAGUGAACGUCUGAACAUGCUACCGGUGAUGGCAAAGUAUUAGAGAAUUAGCACACAUUGUCAAAUCCAUUGAGAUUAUUGUAUAAAUUUUGAAUUGUUAAAAAGGUAAGAACUUGAUUCUCGAAAUUCAAGUAAACAUGGAAUUAAAAUUUGAAAUCUUGACAUUGUUCUUGAGUAAGAAGUUUCGCUUUUUACCCUUAAUUUUUUCACUCAAUUUUAAACUUAGAAUUAUGUUUCAGGUUGCACAUGCUAAUGAGUCUAAAUGGUGAGAGGAAGUGCGAAGAGUUUUUUGAUGUUUGCCCUAUGUUGUGCACUUAUUUCUUGAAGUUUAAACAUUUACUGUUGUAGGUAAACGAUUUAUAGCGAUUAGGUUGGUUGAUCCAUCUGACUCUUGAUUUCUGUCUUAUAUUAUCCUUUGCUCUUGGUGGGUAUAUGCUAUGCUAGCUGGGAAGACACUAUUAAUGGAAGGAAAGUAAACAACUGUUUGAAAAGUAGUUAUCUUUUAAGCUAAUACUGAUAGAUGGAUGAGCCCUUGACUGUUAAUGUUUUCAAAACUUUGAAUGAACAAUCAUAUGGGAUUCGUGUUUAAGUUGUUUCAGUCCUAUAUUAAAUUAGUGGGUGGAUGUUCCCUUAGUUUGCUGUUCUGCCCUUCUAGGACUAAAAGACAUGUUUGCUUGGAUUAAAUAAAUAUAAUAUGUAGCUCUGUGUCAAAAUAAAAAAAAAUUUAGGAGACUGCUUCUGGGGAUUGUUUAAUUACUAUAUUGUUUGGAUAAAAUGCAACAUUUGCUCACCACAAGCACAGCAAUUUAUCCUUGUGAAUAAACAGUGUCAGUUACAAAGUAGAAUAUAAAAUUAGAUAUUAGUUUUAUAAACAUAACUGCCUCUCCUUCUCUAUCCCCCAAACUCUAGCUGCUGUUCGGUGUUUAUAUUUACAGCAGUAAUAAAUUUCUCUAGGCUUUAUUUCCACUGUUAUUGCUGCCUGAAACCUCUGAUAAAAACCACAGUAGCCAUGCUUGUGGCCCUGCCACCUCCCAAUUUGAGUGAAAAUUUGUAUAGUGUAGAGGGUGUAAAGAAAGGGAAAUAAUAUGAAAGGGAAAGAAAGAAGAGAUGGUAUGGAGCAUUUCUGUCUUUAACAUGCUGUGGAAUACCUUUACAAAAGGUCCAAGUUCUUUGUUUCAUAUGAACAGACUCAAAUCAUGUUUGAACAAUUUGUUUUAAACAGAAAAAAUUGGAAUUUUCUCUCACUCUCUCUCACUCCAUUUUCUCUCCUAAAGAAAGGAAAUGAAAAAGAGAAGGUUACAACAGUAAUGGAGAUUCUUCUGUCAGUCUCCAUAGGCUUUUGCUGACGUUUUUUUAGAGCCUGGUCCCAUGGUAUUUACAGACAAGGUACCAGAAUACCCAUCAACUCUUUCAUCCCUAAAAUGCCCUCUUGCUGUGAAGAAUCAACAGUAAUUCAAGAACUUAAAGUCCAAAAAUUCAUCCAAUUACCAAAAGAACCCCACUUGCCCACAUCAAUUCAUGAAUCCAUCUUUUCUAUAUUCCCACCUAGGAAUCACUGGUUGUCACUUUACAUGAUGAGGACCAUCCUACUUUGCCUGUUGAACUAGAUUUUCUUUUUUAAAUGUUGCACUGCAAAACACUUAUGUUCUAACAACACAGUAGUAGGUCACCAUGGUAGAGAAAUCAUAUCUGUACACAGCAGUAAGAGUGUUUGUUUCCUAGUAUAAGUUAUAUAUAAUUUUUUUCUAGUAUUCAGAGAUAGGAGAGAGAGAGAGAGAGAGAGAGAGAGAGAGGUGUUUGUAAAUUAUAUUUUUUCAGAAUGCUACAGCUUUCUGUACAGUGAUAUCUCAUUUAUAUUUAUGGUAUGGUCGAGUGCUUUUCCCUUUUCCAAAUACUAGUCACAAUGUAUUUGAGAAAAUUGGUGCUUAGUCUAUUGUUGAAUGUGAGACUUUGCUCGAAUUUUUUUUUAUGUGCAUAUUUGCUGUCUACCAAAUGGGACUAUUUGGGAAGGAUUGCACCAGUAAUUGUAGUUGAAGUAUAAGGGUACACUAGUAAUAGAAACAUCCUAACCGCUCAUUUAAGGCGGGUGAUAAAACGGUAACAAUUGUAGUUUGCCAAAACAGGGAAAAAUCCAAAAAUAUUCAAAAACCCUAGACUGUCCUCAACUAGUAUUUAUAACACCCAUGAGCCCCUUCCGGACCAGUACACCGGAUCAGCCUCUGCCUCUCCCUGCAUUGUGUACUUGUGUCCCUAAGAAUAUAGGAGGGAAAAAAAAAAGAAGAGAAAAAACUAUGAUUUUCUUAGUCACCACCUUCUUUCUACAUUUCUAGAUUUUGAGAGAGAGACAGAAAGAGAUGAGGGGUAGAUCAUCUAAGCAAGAAACCAAAGGAAUGCAAAUAGAUAAACUCAAUAAGUUGAAAGAAGAACCUCAUCUCUCUGGUGCUUAUAUCCGUAGUUUAGUUAAGCAAUUAACCUCUUCAAGGACCAAAGAUCCCAUGAAUCCUAAAGACCGUGGUUCUGUUGAUGAUGAUAGUUUUACUGGGCAAAAUAGGACCAAAUUUGGUGAAGGUGUAAGUGAAAAUCAGCAACCCCAACUACCUCAACAACACAAGAAACAGGUUAGGAGGAGACUCCAUACCAGUAGGCCUUACCAAGAAAGGCUUCUUAAUAUGGCUGAGGCUAGAAGGGAGAUUGUUGCUGCCUUAAAGUUUCAUAGGGCAGCUAUGAAACAAGCCAGUGAACAACAACAACAGCAACAGCAGCAAAAUCAACAGCAUCAGCAGCAGCAGCAGCAACAACAACAAUCAUUGCCUGUUCAGCUUUCACCCCCACCAUGUUUUGAACAAGAAGGAAAAAUAAAAUCCAGGAGGAAUCCUAGAAUAUAUCCGUCAAACACUUCCAAUUUCUCUAAUUAUAUAGAUAGCCUUUCUUGCACUUCUUUCUCUCAUGCACCGCCACGUACUCCAACCCCUCCUUAUCCUUUUUGCUGGUCUACUCCCCCAAUCCUUCCUUCAACUGUCACUGAAAAUCUCAAUUUCCCCCUUCCAAACCAAACCCUAGGCCUAAAUCUCAAUUUUCAAGAUUUUAAUGACUUAGAUACCACCCUUUACCAUAGCAGCAACAACCCAUCAUCAGUCUACUCAUCUUCAUCUACAUCAUCAUUUUCUUCCCCUUCCCCUUCGCUUUCUAUUGCCACUGAAGAAAUUCCUUCGGUUGCAAAAUUACAAGAAGGGAGUCCUCCUGCAGUGUCUGACCUAACUGGAGCAGGCUUGCAUCAAGUAAUGGAUGAUGAGGAGAUGGCAGAGAUCAGAUCAAUAGGAGAACAGCAUCAGAUGGAAUGGAAUGAUACUAUGAAUUUGGUCACAUCAGCUUGGUGGUUCAAGUUCUUGAAGACCAUGGAAGCUGGUCCCGAGGUGAAAGCAGAGGAUGAUGGUUACCAUCAUCCAUUUGAUCUAGUGAUGGAAUUCCCUGCCUGGUUGAAUGCAAAUGAUGGCUGUUUGCAGCAACAUUUUGAUGAUUACUGCUCUCAAGAUUAUUACUAUGAUCCUGCCCUGCCUUGCAUGGACAUUGGAGAAAUUGAAGGCAUGGAUGGGGAAUGGCUAUCUUGACAAGGAUUGAUUGUUUUUUGUUAAUCAAAUCUUUGGCUCUCAAGUUGUUUUUUUUUUUUCUCCAUUAAUCUUUUUGAGGUAGUGUUAGAAGCUUUUUUUUUUUUAUCUAAAUAAGGCUUGCAAGGAUGUUGAGGUUGGGAGGCCAUCAGGAUAGUUAAUAAUGUGCCUAAGGAGUAUGCUUUUCUCCUUAUUGAGCUUCUUAAAUGGAAAAAUAUUGGUUAUGUUAGUUAGUUUCUGUUGUUGUAGCUCAUUUUUUUUAAAAAAAAAUUUUCAUUUCAAUA